UGUUUUGAGUGGGCACACGUGUGGAGGGAAAGAGUCACCGAAAGAGCAAAAGUAGGAGGUAUUGUGUAACAGAACCAGCACCCGGGUUUCGAGUAUAUAUACAACCUUGUACUUCCACGGUUCCACCCUGAUCUUUCACUUCAACAACCAUACUAGCCAUGUCGGCGGCUUCUUCUUCUCUCUGUCUUCGGCCUAGUUCUCUCGCCAUUGAUCUCAACGACGUCGGUUCAACUCCUGGCAAGUUUGUGGCAAGUUUUGGGAGUCCUAAGGUGCGUUUGGGGCUCAAAAAGACAUUCAAAGUGAACUGUUCGAUAGACAGAGAGAUGGAUGUGAGCACUUCAGCUGUGGUUGAUGGCGUGGCUGACUGCUUCAAUGAGAUGGAGCUAAAAGAGCCAAGUAUGUCGACAAUGCUGAUGAAUUUCGACAACAAGUUUGAUCCUUACGAUGCAAUGAAUACGCCACUCUACCAAACAGCUACUUUUAAGCAGCCUUCUGCUACAGAAAAUGGUCCUUACGAUUAUACUAGAAGCGGAAAUCCUACACGAGAUGCCUUGGAAAGCAUUUUGGCAAAGCUUGAUAAGGCAGAUCGAGCACUUUGUUUCACUAGUGGAAUGGCUGCUUUGGCUGCUGUUGCUCAUCUUGUAGGAACAGGAGAGGAGAUUGUUGCUGGAGAUGACCUGUAUGGGGGUUCUGACCGAUUGUUGUCCCAAGUGAUUCCAAAAACUGGAGUUGUGGUGAAACGAGUCAACACAAGUGAUUUAGAUGAGGUUGCAUCUGCUAUUGGCCCCUGGACGAAGCUUGUUUGGUUGGAGAGUCCAACUAAUCCUCGACAAAUAGUUUCUGAUAUUCGCAAAAUAGCAGCAAUGGCUCAUGCACAUGGUGCUAUUUUGCUGGUGGAUAACAGUAUAAUGUCCCCUGUAUUGUCACAGCCACUGGAUCUAGGAGCAGACAUUGUUAUGCACUCGGCGACAAAAUUUAUUGCUGGACAUAGUGAUGUCAUGGCGGGUGUUCUAGCUGUUAAAGGAGAAAGCUUGGCAGAACAGCUUUAUUUCUUACAAAAUGCAGAAGGCUCUGGGUUAGCUCCAUUUGACUGUUGGAUCUGUUUACGAGGAGUUAAAACAAUGGCCUUACGUGUUGAGAAGCAACAGGACAAUGCUCAAAAGAUUGCAGAGUUUCUGGCUUCCCAUCCACGAGUUAAGAAAGUUAACUAUGCAGGGAUUCCUGGUCAUCCUGGCCGUGCCUUGCAUUAUUCUCAGGCAAAGGGUGCAGGAUCUGUAUUGAGCUUUCUGACAGGUUCACUGGCAUUAUCAAAGCAUGUUGUCGAGACUACCAAAUACUUCAGUAUAACUGUCAGUUUUGGGAGUGUGAAGUCCCUUAUAAGCCUCCCCUGCUUCAUGUCACAUGCAAGCAUACCAUCUGCCGUGCGUGAGGCCAGAGGUCUAUCUGAAGAUCUUGUUCGUAUUUCUGUGGGGAUUGAGGAUGUGAAUGAUCUCAUUGCUGAUUUGGACCAUGCACUUCAAACUGGCCCUCUGUAAUAUUCAACCAGCACAGCUUAAUUGCUCUAAAGACAUGCAUCUUCUUCCAAAAGUUUCUUGAGCAAUUAUUAGAAAUUCUUAUUCUGGAGUGCUCCCAAACAGUGCACAGUAAUUCUGUUUUGGUUCAGUCGAGAAUGCCUACGUAAUUAUUAGUGGUAUUUCAUUUUGUUUAAAUUAUUAAUAAUGUGGAUGCU